AUGUGUGUGCCAAAUGUGGCUACGAACUCUUCUCCAGCCGCACCAAGUUUGAGCACUCGUCCCCGUGGCCCGCCUUCACAGAGACCAUCCAUGAGGACAGCGUCUCCAAACAUGUGGAACGGCCCAAUGCUCUUAAGGUCUCCUGCGGGAAGUGUGGCAAUGGACUGGGUCACGAGUUUUUAA